UUGACUCAGCAGAAGCUGCCUGGGAUAUAGACACUCAACCUCAUGCAUAUUAGCUCAGCGUGAUGUCAUUCCAUAUACCACCCGGAUCAGUUCACACCGGCCAAUCCCACCACUUUCAGCUGAAACCUGUUUUCAUCGUGGAUACCCUCGCAUUCGCAUGUAUUCGCAUCGAUUCUCCAUUCGUUCUAUUCAGUCUGGUUCGUUUGGCUUCACUCUGCAUCUGGCCAUGACCGCACAUGACGUCAUGUCGAAACCCCUCCUCGACAUUAAAAAUUUGUCGUCUCCUUCUAUCUUUUCUCCUACUGAACUGUCAAUCAUUCCCACAUUCCAAUUCACAUAGACCAGACAUCAAACGACAAAAUGGCACCCGGCCAGUUUCCUGUCGACUUGACGCAAUUCAAGCACCUCAAGCUCGACCCCAAAAGCCCGAAACUGUCGAGCGAGCAAAAGAAGGAUCUGCUUCACAACAUUAACAUCUUCCGAGAUGCCAUCAUCGCCUUCACUGCAACCGGAUCUGCCCGUGGACUGGCCGGCCACACUGGCGGUCCUUUCGACACGGCGCCAGAAGUCUGCAUCUUACUGGCCUUGAUCAAUGCGAACCCGGGAGGAUUCUAUGAUGCCUUGUUCGACGAGGCCGGCCACCGCGUGGCCACUCAGUAUCUGCUGUCUGCCUUGGACGGCAAGAUCGAACCUGACCAUCUGCUGAACUACCGCGAGGCAGACUCGAAGCUCCCUGGUCAUCCUGAACUCGGCCUCACGCCCGGCAUCAAGUUCAGCUCUGGCCGUCUCGGACACAUGUGGCCGCUGGUCAACGGCGUUUCCAUGGCCCACAAGGAGAAGAAUGUUCUGCUGUUGGGCUCCGAUGGAUCCCAGCAGGAAGGAAACGACGCUGAGGCCGCUCGCAUUGCGGUCGCCAACAACCUCAAGGUCAAGCUAUUCAUUGACAACAACGACGUCACCAUUGCCGGACACCCCUCCGAGUACCUCAAGGGAUACGACGUUGGGCGCACGCUGGAAGGCCACGGCCUCAAGGUCAUCCGGGCCGAGGGCGAGAAUGUGGAUGCGCUGUACGCUGCCAUCUGCGAGGUCAUCAACUUCAGCGGCCCUGCUGCCCUCAUUGCAGACCGCAAGAUGGCUGCGGGCAUUGAAGGCAUCGAGGGCAAGACUCACGCCCACGAUGUCAUUCCCGUCGACGUCGCUCGCAGAUACCUCACGCGACGCGGAUACAGCGAGCAACAACUCGCCUUUUACGACAACAUCAAGCCUUCGUCCAACCCGCAUAAGUACCAGGGCUCGACAAAAGACAAGGGCUCCAACCGGACCAUCUUUGGUGAGGCGGUCAACUCCGUCCUCGAUGGCCUCAGUAAGGAAGAGGCUGUCCGCCGAGUGAUGGUCAUCGACUCAGACCUUGCAGGCUCAACCGGUCUGAAGGGGAUCCAAACGAAGCAUCCCGAAGUGUUUGUGCCUUCUGGUGUCAUGGAGCGAGGCAACUUUUCUGCUGCUGCAGGAUUCGGAUUUGGCAGCAACGGCGAGCGCCAGGGUGUCUUCUCGACCUUCUCGGCCUUCCUGGAGAUGUGCAUCUCCGAAAUCACGAUGGCUCGACUGAACGGCUGCAGUGUGCUCUCGCACUUCUCCCACAGCGGGGUUGACGAGAUGGCCGACAACACAUGCCACUUUGGGCUGAACCACUUCUUUGCCGACAACGGGCUGAUGGAUGCGGAGGUCACCUCGUUGUAUUUCCCUGCGGAUGGCGAGCAGAUGAAGGCCGUGGUUCGCAAGGUGUUCUUUGACCAGGGAUUGCGCUUCGUCUUCUCCACUCGCUCCAAGGUGCCGUACAUCCUGAAGGAAGGUAGCGACCAGCCGCUGUACGGUGCCGGUUACGAGUUCACGCCCGGCAAGGAGGAAUUCAUCCGUCGCGGAUCCGCAGGUUAUGUUGUCUCGUACGGUGACAUGCUGUACCGCUCGCUCGAUGCGGUUGAGCGUCUGCGCCAGGACGGCCUCGAUGUUGGACUGAUCAACAAGCCGACACUCAACGUGGUCGAUGAAGAAGCCAUCAAGGUCUACGGCUCGAGUCCAUUUGUUCUCGUCGUGGAAUCCAUCGCCCAGAAAACUGGCCUCGGCUCUCGUCUCGGAACGCACCUGCUGGAGCGCAAGCUGACUCCGAAAUACCAGACGAUGGGCUCUGUCAAGGAGGGCUCUGGCGGUUUGUACCAGCAGGUCAACGCCCAGGGGCUGGGGCCCAAUGACAUAGUCGCGGCGAUCAAGGAGGUUGCCGGGAAAUAAUUGUAAUUGGUUCGGACAGCGUGUGAUUUGCUUUCCUAGUUAUAUAUAUCCAUAAUCUCAAAACUGUUUUUAAUUCGUUCAAUUUGUUGUGCUGGUCGUAUAUAAACACCUGAUCUUCACUUGCCACAACAAGAUGGUGUAGAUGAAACCAUAUAGAAGACAAUUGGCGAUGAAGCA